AUGAUUUCAUCUACAUUUGCUCCAAGCCUGUCUCGUAGAGACACGGGUAAAUCAAGCGUGGGACAUGAAAGUACAGGUACUCUCGGAAGCAUCCCUCCCCCUUUGGCAGGCGGGGGCGGCUCUUUCGGGCCUCAAAGCGCUGGCGCUAUCUACCAUCACAUCCACGACAUGGCCUCAAAACGAAUAUCGACUUUGGAUUACCUGAGAAAGGCUCAUGAAGGUCGCGUUUAUUGGUUUAAUACGGUGCAUUUCUCUCGUGCUGAUAUAGGACGUAUGCCGUAUUUCGAGCAGCGAAAGCUUUCUCGUCGCGCGAUCAACUAUCUUCUCCUCGGUCUGUCUCUGCCACCAAUCCUAGACGUGAAUUCAACGCCAUCUGAAUACCUGCGUGCCCUCAAUGCACUUUUGCUUGAGUUUGAAGCAUUCCAACAAGUCCAUCCACCCGACGGAAGCUCCUCGUCUUCAUUAGCCCGAGCACGCAUCCCGCAGAUGUUUAAAAGAGCAGCACACGCGGGAACCAAGACCAGAAGAGCCAGUUCCGCAACUGAAAUCGGUCUGCCCAUGCAAUCCAGCGACCCAUCAGACCUGAAAGCCAUGGCGGGAAAUAUCACGUCGUCCGCCACCGCUGCGGCUUCCGUCAUUUCUUUUCCCCACACAGAGUCCUCGGAGCUUCUGCCUGGCGAGGAAUAUUCCUACCUGCUGACACCUUCUUUGCCAUUCGAGCCAGAUUUCUUUGAGACAUUUGCAACAUUGUGUGACGUGCUGAUUGAUUGCUACACUCGUCUCGUUGCUUUGGUAUCGACCCCUUCUGUGUGCACAGUCUCUCUGGGCGAAUUGUUUUCAAAGGCAGAUGCAAAGCUGCGGAAGAUCAUGGUUGCAGGGGUUGUGCGAGAAUUUGAGGACGUAAGCCGGAAUAGCGCCAAGAACGAGGUUUCUGGUGUCAGUCGUGUGGUUUUAGGUGGCCUUCUAGGCUAG